CAGGCAGGUCAGGCCAGCGUGAGAGGCGGCGUGAGGUCUGCUCACCAACCGCCUGAUACUCCUCUGAGGCCACCAGCAUUUGUUCCUACACACGGACAGACAGACCCGGCAGACAGCCACACACCUGGACACUCCAUCCGUCCGUCUAUCCACCCAGCUAGCCACCGACUCAGCAGGCCAGCCGCACCGCGCCGCCCACUCAUCUACGCCCUCCUCCCCUCUCUCUCCCUCCUCCCUCUCCUGCCUGGUACAGACGGCCUCGCUACCACCCUGCCACCAGCGACCACCACCAGAGCGGAACAUCUCCAGCACCCGCGGGCUGCUGGUUGUCGGCGGCUGGUAGAGGUGGAUUGCGAGAGACGCCAGCGACCCGCUCUUCUCCCCUCAGCGAGGAGGACAUGGCGUCCAACAGCAUCUUCGACUCCUUCAGCAACUACUCCAGCAGUCUUCUCCGAGACCCAACAACUACCAGACGGUUCACGCCGCCAUCGACGUCGUUCCCUUGCAAGAUAGACAACGGCAGCAUGGGCACCCCGGGACCGCUGAGGACCAGACCAGAGGCGCGGUCUGUUGUGGACGUUUUAGCGGACCACGCCGGUGAGCUUGUUCGGACGGACAGCCCAAACUUUCUGUGCUCCGUACUCCCCUCACAUUGGAGAUGCAACAAAACCCUACCUGUGGCUUUCAAGGUGGUCGCCCUUGGUGAUGUUCCUGAUGGAACUUUGGUCACCGUGAUGGCUGGGAACGACGAAAAUUAUUCGGCGGAGCUGAGGAACGCGUCUGCGGUGAUGAAGAACCAGGUGGCCAGAUUCAACGACCUGCGGUUUGUGGGCAGGAGCGGCCGUGGAAAGAGCUUCACCCUUACCAUCACAGUUUUCACUGGACCACCUCAGGUAGCAACCUACCACCGUGCAAUCAAAGUGACAGUGGACGGCCCACGGGAACCUCGACGUCACAGAGUGAAAAUGGAGGAUCCUCAGAAGAUGCCCUUCACAGACCGCAUGAGUGAGAUUGAGCGCUUCCAGAGACUCAGGAUGACCAACAAUGGCAACCGCCAAACCCACCAGGGCCACUUCACUUCGUCCACUUCUCAGCUUGGAGCCCUGUGGUCAGAGCAGAUGGACCCCUCAGGAGGCAUGAAGCCCUGUAAGGUGGAGGAGGACCUCCGCUGGACAGGCACCACCGAGCUGUUCCCUCAGAGGUCCUUCCCGGCCUCCCUGUCCCCCCUGCCCCGCUUCCCUGACCCCCACGUCCACUACCCCGGGGCCUUCACCUACUCGGCCAACCCGUCCAGCACAGCCAUCGGUGGCCUGAGCGUCACAGGCAUGUCGUCGGCCCGCUACCACACCUACCUGCCGCCGCCCUACCCAGGCAACCAGAACCAGAGCUCCCACUUCCAGGCCAACUCUUCGCCGUACCACCUGUACUACGGCACCGGCUCGGGCUCGUACCAGUUCUCCAUGGUGCCGGCCGGCGGAGCGGGCAGCGGUGGCGUGUCGGGCGCGGGGGCCGGCGAGCGUUCGCCCACCCGCAUGCUGAGCUCCUGCACCGGGGCGUCGGCAGGCAGCGGCAGCGGCAGCCUGAUGGGCAACCCCAGCCUGAGCAGCCAGAACGACGGAGUGGACGCCGACGGCAGCCACAGCAACUCACCCACCGCCAUGACCGCCUCGGGCCGCAUGGACGAGUCCGUCUGGAGGCCCUACUGAGGGCCCGGGUCUGGGGCAAGACUCGGAGGAAGAGAGGAGGAAGAGAAGAGAAGAAGGAGGAAGAGGAGGUGGAGAACGAGAGAGAGAGAGAGAGAGAGAUUACAUGGUAGUUGAGGGAGGGGUGGAGAAAUGAGUUUGAACGCAGAAGUUAGAUUAUGUAAAUGUUUGAAAGAAAAAAAGCAACCAAAAAAAAAAUUGCUGCAUGUUUUGUGUGUCAGUUUGUCUCUUAGCCUUUCCCACUCUGCUUUUUUUGUGUCGGUUCAAAGUAUCUGAUGGAACAAUUCAUUUGCAUUCUGAGUUGUUUCAAAUACUCAUUAUGUCCUUUGAAAAAAAAAAAAACUUUCUGACUCUCCUCUUGACCGAAGAGCAUUGACUCGAUUGGACAGCCACAGCAAAAGAAAGAUGAACUGUAUAUAGAUGGAAAUGGUGCGAGUAACAGCUAUAGUAAUAUAUCCACAACUCUUUUGAGAUGUCUUGAAAAAUAAAAUAACCAAAGACUGCAUCUCCCAAAAUGCUUUGCCUUCCAGGAUCCUCGCAGCAGAACAAUUACCUUGUCCUUGUACAUUGACUGUGUUACUUCAGCUGCCAUGGAGGAGCCAUUGAUCUGUCACAUGAAAUGGAACUGUUGCCUCCAUGCCAAUGUUCUGUACCUAUUUUGAUGUAAGGAGAAUAACAUGUCUCUCCUGGAUAAUGCCUCUUCUCCUAUCCUGAAUGCCAGCAGUCCAUAGAAUGCAGAUCAGAUUGCUUGCAAUGCAUUUGAAAUUAAGAUGGCACACACAUCGGUAACAGCACACAGUUUUCUGUAUCUUAGUCACCGGGUAUCCUUUUGUUCUUGUCCCACAUGCAGCACAGUAAUAUGUAACAUAAGAAUAUUCUAAGAGCGCAGCCACUUUUACAAGACGGGUUCAAUAGACACUCCUAAGUAUUUAAGAACCUGAGAGAAAGAGUGUAGCCUUUGUGGAUUUUUUCCCAGAAGUAUGGAGAAUUUAUGGCCCACGGAUAUUAAUAAUCAACAUUUUUCAGAUUUCAGAUUUGCUGUUUCGGUAUCACAAGUUCUACUAUUUGUCAUGUUUAUUUUCAACUGAAUAAUGUGGGAUUUUUUUUAUUUAUUUGAGCCAAUUAUUGUGUUCCUGUGUGUUUCUGGGUCAUUUUUUCCUGAUUUACUUUUUUCUCCUUUUUUCUUUAUUUUCAUUUAAUAUAAAGUUUUGCUACUGUAAUAUAUUACUUUAAAUUAUAAAAAACAUGUUUUUAAUGUAAUGUUAUUUUCUGAUUUAGCUUUGAUGCACUAAAAGUGUUAUUUAAAAAAAAGAAAAAAAAUAGGUCAUUGUGAACCACAAAAUAGCAAUUUCCAAGCUUUCUUCGCUAGCCAAGCCUAAGUGUAUAACCACAAACUUCCCAGAAAUCCUAGCACCAUGCCCUGACCUUACUUCUCUUAAUAGAAAGCAGCCACAUUGUGGGAUGAUGCAAAACUGACCACACUUUCCUGUCUCACUUUCCGUGAGUCCUGCAUUGACUGCCCCGGCCUUGUUGGCCGACGCUAUCUUACGAAAACACACAUCGCUGUUCAAAAGUAGCUCACAGCACAUACUGUACAUCCCCAGUUGCCUUUUUAUUAUUUUCCAUUGGAGCUUUUGAAACUCCAGACGAUAAUUGGUUGUAUUGAAAAAAAGUAGCAAAUCACCACAAUGGGAAGGAUAAAGUGGACAAGUGACACACAUGCACAGGGACUAAAUGCACUCCAGGUGUGAAUGGGAACAGCCCCCCCUCCCUCCAUCACUCCUGAUGCCUUUCCCAUGCCCAUGUUCCAACACACCUGAUCCCUGUGCCUGGGGGGUAGGGGUGGCAAAGGACUGAAGAUAGCACACAGUGAGAGAGAGAGAGAGAGAGAGAGAGAGAGAGAGAGAGAGAGAGAGAGUGUGUGUGUGUGUGUGUGGUGUGGUGUGGUGUGUGUGUGUUUAUGGUGUGUCUAAGGAGUAAGGUAUUAGAGACACACAUAUCUGCUUACAUGCAGCCGGGUGCCACAGGGCAACCUCCUGGCCAAACGCAUGCCCACUGCAGGGGCCUCUGUCUGUUUUUGAUUUGUUGGGCCCUUUGAUGCCAUUAUUGAGGCUGAUUACCCCCUUCUACCCCAUUGUAGUUUGCACAUAACUAAUGGCAGGGGGGCAAAGAGGGCCAUGCUGUAACUGAUGAACAGAUGAGAGGGUCUGAGGGAGCAAGGGAGCUCAGCACUCGGGACAUGAAGUCAGGUCUCAUGCGUUACAGGCCUGCCAGAGGGAAGGGCGUGGGUCCUGGGACAGGAUGAGAGGGGAGAGGAGUACAGGUGUCCUCCAGGAGAACCUUUGUCACAGGACAUCCAUCAUGAGUAAAGCUCAAACAAGGACCGGCUCUAGUUCCCACUCCUAAAUCACUGUGUAAAUAGUAAAUAUGAGAAAAGUCUACUAGACAAUCAAACGUUCUUAGCGGUUUGCCAUCAGAUCAUCCUCAAUUUCUCUCAAUCCAUCAGGCGGAAACAAUCUUAUUUAAUAGGGAUUAGGAGACUUGUGCUUUGUAACAAUCACUUACUGUGCUUGUACUUUUUGCCAUCUGUGCUGUAAUGAAAUGAAGGCAAAUGGAGAAGCCAUGUCAAAGGCCAUGUUGCACAACAAUAGAUCCAAAGGUUGGGUGUAAUUAUUUAUUUUCUAUUGAAACUUUCUGGUAAACCUUGCAUUAUAUGCUUGCUGAGAUGCAACAGGUCUGAAUUUUGAGAUGUCUUGGUUCCAACAUGGCAUCCUGUGAAGCUUAGCUUAUGAGGACAAGAAGCACAACUAGAUUCUAACUGUAUCACAUGUGGGACAAAAAAGCACAAUGGGUUCUUCUGAAAGAACAUGUCCUCCCUUUCAUCCAAUGUACAUUGUAAUUUUGUCAAUGCUUAUGUUAUGUGCAAAUAAUGUAGUUUUGUUUUGAUGCAUUUUAAUUAAAAAAACUCACAAAUU